CUGGCCAUUCGAAUAGUAAAGAUAGGGUUCUAGCGCUUCUACGCAGGAAUGCGGGCUAGGUUAGCGUGAUCCAGCCACCACACUGGCAAUGGCGUCCUCGAUCGCGGCUUGCGGAUCAGCGCCGAUCGUAGUCGCGAGGAUCAAGCCGGCGCCGGCGCCGCAGCACAGGAUUUCCGUGAGUUUCUCGAGGCGGCUAGGUUCUCCUCUCCGGCGCGGCGCAAUCGCCUCAAUCGGCGGCUCACAGGGGCUGAGGAAGCAGGAUUGCGGCAUUUCUUGCAAGGCCAAGAAUCUCACCGAGGACGAAUUCGAGGCUGCGGUUUUGAAAUCGGAGCUUCCAGUGCUGGUGGAUUUCUGGGCCGAGUGGUGUGGACCUUGCAAGCUCGUGGCUCCCGUGGUGGAUUGGGCAUCCGAGGAGUAUGCUGGAAAGCUCGAAGUCUACAAAGUUGACACCGACAAGAGCCCCGGCCUGGUAGAAAAAUACAAGCUUUACGGCCUCCCAACUUUGGUCAUGUUUAAAAACGGUGGAAUAGUCUCUGAAAGUCGAAGAGAAGGAGCGAUCACCAAAGCCAAGAUCAAAAGUUACCUGGACGAUUUUCUCCAGUCAGUGGCGGCAUGAGAUUCAAGAGUUCCAACUCACAGGCUAAACGCUCUAUCCCGGAGGCCAUUUCAUCUGCCUGCCUCCCAUGAUGUGCAAGUGUAGAUGGUACGUCGAUUGGCCUGGUACGUUUCAAUCCAGCAGGAGAAAACAAAGAAUUGGAUCAAAAGAACUCGAGCGAACUCUUUGAGAAGAUCUCCACUUACAUCCUUUGGGGCCAUCGUUGAUCACAACGCGAUAUCCUUCCUGGAGCUUCUCUUGCUCGCCGAUCUUCUUGGCAACGUAGAGAAGGUGCCCAAGAAUGUCUCGGUGCCGCUUCUCGGCCUAGAAAAAGAAGAAAAAAAAUCCAAUUCUUUUUUCCUAAGAAGAGAUGGAGAUUUUCUCACAUUCGCAAGACGAGUGAGUCCAUCACGCUGCUUGGGUAUCAGGAUGACAUGAACCGGUGCUUGCGGCUCGAUGUCUCGAAACGCCAGUGCCUGUGAAGCAUGGAAAGGCGUAACCUCACAAAGAAUUAAGUAUUUUACCUUGU